AUGACAACAACAAAUGAAAAGAGAGGAUUUAAUCUUUUAACAGAAUUUUGUAAAGAAAAGAAGAAACAAGUUGAAAUAAGAAUCAUGUAUAAUGUAGAAAAUAAUUGUUUCAAUGUAAAUGUUUUAAUUGACCAAACAAGUGUUAUAAAUACUAAUUAUGAGAAAAUAGAAAAUAAUUUUAAUGAUAUUAUUGCACUACAAACACUUGUUAUAAUAGAUAAUUUUAAUGCAAGAAAAUACAGUGAUUUAAUAAUGGGAUUAAAUGAAGAACCAUUACCUAAAUUGAGAGAUACAGUGAUUUGUCCAAAAAUGCCAGAAUCACUUUCUAUUUUAGUAAAACCUAAAACAAAAGAAACAGAAAGAAAACCAUUUCGAUUGGAUGAAAGAAGAAGAGAAGAAUUUAAUAAAAGAGAAAAUCUUCCAAUGGCAAAUAGAGAGGAAAAAGAAGUUGAACAAACCAUAGAAAGAAUAUGUUCUCGAAUAGGAAGAUCAUUAGAACUUAGAUUUAAUGAAAUUAAAGGAGGGUAUGAAUGUUUUGUAAGAUUAAAUGAAUUUUCAGCAAUAGCAGUUUCAGACAGAAAGUAUGAUGCUAAAUGCAUUGCUUAUAUGUUACUUCUAAAAAAAAUUUUUUCAAAUACUCGUUCUAAUGGUGAAAUAAUGAAAAUUGUUAGAUCUCAGCAAUUAUCUGAUACUUUAAUUUCUUUAUUAAAUGUUCGUCUCCCAAUGUAUGUACCACCAUUACAACAACAACCUAUGAUUCCACAAUACCCUAGUUAUUAUUCUACAUUCAAUUCAUCUACUAGUUAUAUUCCACAACAAAAUCAACAAUAUUCAUACAAUCCAUAUAAAUGA